AUGAUACAAUAUGAUGCAGGUCUGAUGUUGUACAUCUUUGGAAUAUCAGUUUGGUAUAGAGAAUUUUUUUCAUUGAAAUCACUUGCACUGUUUUACAAGCAUUCUUGCCCUGUUAAUUUACAUGUUCCUAUUCAAAUUGCAGCAACACUAUUUGAACAGCCAACCCAUGUAGCUAUUUUACAUACAGUCCUUUACAUAGAAGAUUCUCAUCCUUUUAAACUUACUUUCAUCUUGCCAGUGAUUAAGCCACAUAUGAAACCUGAGUACACGCCUUUGAACAAGCUAUCACCUGUAAGCAAGGCAUACAAAUUACGUGUGACAGUGAAAGAAAAGUCUCUUAUCCGAACUCCUCCAAACAAGAAAAAAUUUCAGAAAUUGGUUUUUGAAGAUGAAGAGGGUAACAACGUGAAAGCUACUUUGUUCGGAGCUGAAUGCGACCACUUUCAAAAAGUCAUUGAACACAAGAAGAAGUAUGAGAUAGCUAAUGCUCCAGUGCGAACAAUCAACCCUAAAUUUAGUUCAUUUCCAGGAGAAUGUGAACUAACCUUCGGCGGAAUGACUAAAAUUCAAGCUAUUGAUCGAACAGAGGGACCUGUGUUGCCUGAAUACAUCUCCAUAGCUGAUGUACCAAGGACAAGUGGACCAUCAGACCGGUUUGAUUUGCUUGGAAUAGUAGUCCACAUGGAAGACCCCCAACAAGUGGAAUACAAAUCAGGCAGGGUAGCUGACGUACGUGAUAUCAGCAUAGUUGAUGAAAGCACUGGUUCUCGUCCAAUGAUCAUCUCUGCAUGGGGACAAUUAGCCCUUUCUGACUGUUUUUCACUGCAAUCAAGCAUGUCCACAAAGAUUGAUCCAGCCCCCAGUGGUGAAAAAGCUGACGCUUUAAGAGCUUGGGCCCAUGCACAUCCAGACAUAAUUAGUGAUUACAUGGCAAGGCAACUCGAAUUCAUGACUAUUGGUGCUGAGCCGGUUCCAACUACACUUGACAACAUCAUUGGCAAAAAUGAAGAAAUAUACACGCUGACAGUCACAAUUCCAGAUGCACAGUUAGACAGUGUUAUUGCUUACAUUGGCUGCGAUAAUUGUGGAAAGCGUUGUGGCGUUGCUGCAAAUGUGGCCUUCUUUUGCCCACAUUGCCCUGACAAAAAAUGCACCUCCACUGAAAGGGUAAACUUUACCUUUGAUGCUGUAGAUGACACUGGAACAUUUCGCCUCACUGCCUUUGGCCAAGAUGACUGGAACGAUUUUAAUCAUGUUGCUGCAGCUCUAAAAUCCACACCAAUGCACAUAAUCCUCCAUCCAUCUCAGGCACUUAACAGGGCAGGAGUGUUGCGGGAUGCAAUAGCUGCCUAUGGUUCAAACUUGCUUAUUGUGUGA